AGUGCGGCUGCGCGAGAUUCGCUUGACGACCGUGAUCGAGGUAGCGAGUGCGGCUGCGCAGCAUUUGAUUGACGGCGAGCCCUGGGCUCGAUGGUUUUGAGCAGUGGAGUUGGUGUAGCGCUAUUCGCUCUCGGCUGCAUUUUCAUUGCGAGGAUUUUCCUGAUACUCAGGAAAAGUGAAGUUCCCAAAGUGGGCAGGCGUGGCCCCGCCAGUGUGCUGGUGGUGCUCGGUUCCGGGGGACACACAACAGAAAUUCUCAGGCUGAUGGAUAGCCUCUCAGCUUCAUAUGCUCCGAGGCAUUAUGUCAUUGCUAACACGGACAGGAUGAGUGAAGAAAAAGUUCGCAUCCUUGAGGCAUCCAGAACCAAAGGAAAUACUGACCCUCAGCAUACUAUUCACUGGAUUCCUCGUAGCCGUGAGGUCUGUCAGUCCUGGACGUCUUCGGUGAUAAGUACAGUAUACUCGCUGCUGUAUUCCAUCCCACUGGUGUUCCAGCUGAAACCUGAUGUGAAGAAGGAAAGAUACACAGUAAAGUCCAAGGAUCAACAUGUUAUCAGUUUGGAGGUGGAUACCUGUCAUUUAAGAGUGCUUUGUAAUGGUCCAGGAACAUGCGUGCCCCUCUGUGUAUCUGCUCUGCUGCUCGGAAUCCUCGGAAUGAAGAAAGUGCUGAUUAUCUACGUAGAGAGCAUCUGCCGCGUUGAAACCUUGUCUCUGUCAGGGAAGAUACUGUACAAUUUGUCAGAUUACUUUUUUGUUCAGUGGUCAGUACUGCAGAAGAAAUAUCCCAAAGCAAUCUACCUUGGCCGACUAGUUUGAACAUCUCAUGGGAGCUGGGACUAAGAUUGUGUAGAAAGCAUUUGUGCCCAGAUGUCAGGAAGCAACAGCAAUGCAGAAUAAAUGUACAUUCCAGAUAUUGUUUGUUGGGUUUAAUCUCUGUAAGGGGAGCAUGUGUACUGAAAGAAAAAGUUCUAGGUAAACUUAUGAUAUUGGGGAUAAUCUACUGGACUUAAAUUUGUGGUCUUGGGACUGCUGCUGGGAAGUAUUAGCCAUGUACAAUAUGAGGGAAUCAACUCCUAUAUAAACAGUCUUAAGGUUAUUAUAACUGUUGACUGCUUCACACAUUUGGACUCUUUGUUUCACUAUUUUGUCAGUGAACUAAUUUUUAACAAUACAAGAAGCCAUUAGCUGCCAAUUUAAUUGAUUAACCCCUUCUUCCCUUUAUUGCUGUUCUUGAAUGGCACUGUACACUAAAUAAACCUGUGUUUAAUUUACAUUAUACUUGAUUCCUACAAAUAUUUUUCACAUCAAAGGUUAGUAUAGCAGUGCACUUUAUUCCCAGCCAGAAGCCAUUUGAACUUUUCUCAUUUGAAGAACAUUUUUUCUUUUUUGAGUUGUCAAGUGUUCACGUUAUGAGGUACAUUCACUAUCGUAGUCUUUCUUCAUACAAUGUUUUCCAAAUUCCAAAAUUAAAACCAAAGACAAUAGAAAUGUUGGCACAUUUUGUAUGUACACAUCAAUUUUAUUUGAAGUAUGUUAAUGACUUUUGGAAUUGCAUGGUCUGGUGUUAUUUUAUCUUAAUCUUCAUUAGUUUACGGAUUCUGUUCAUUCCCGUAUUUACUUCCCUCUCUGCUAGUCCUUUCUUUCCUCCUGAGCUUUAUAUUGUCAUCUAACAUUGCUUUUGAUUCUCAUUUCUCCCACUGUACCUGUUAAAAGAAGUUUGAUUAUUUCCCAAUUAUCGAUGACUAGAUUGAAAAUGUGGGGACACGUUCCCUGCAAUGACAAAUAAUUGAGGUUCUGGUGUUAAAAGAAAGCAGGGCUUCUGUUUGUUUGUACCUUUCACAUCCUCAGGACAUUUUGAAGUGAUUUGUCACAAAUUAAGUAUGUUUCAAAUGUAGUCAUUGCUGCAGUAUAGAAAGCAAGAAGUCAGUCCUGGGUGAUUGAAUAUUUGACUGUUUCUGAUUCAGACUGCAGCUUAGUAAUCUAAGAGAAAUAAUAAGAAGCUACUUCAAGGAGAGAGUCGUUCUUAUCUAAUGCAAAGUCUCGUGCUAAAGUUAAUUCAGAAUCUGUAGCAUUUGGGUUUGAGAGGUAAUAUUUGGGACUGUGUAAAUAGCACCUGCUAUAAGGAUGACUUAAGAGAACAGAUGAACGAGAGACUUGGAGAAAGAAUGCUCAGGCUUCAACACUGUAAAACCUAUUCAUGUGAGCCAUAUACAGUUCUACAAUUUAUAAUAAACUAGUUGUUGCUUGAACAUACCAAUGACUCAAUCAUUCCAAAGCUAGACUAACCAGCACACUACAGGUUGUCCUGGUUAAGAAAUUUGUCUAAGACUUGGCAGCAAGUCAAAUACCAUAAUAUCAAUGUGUAGAAAUGCAACAAUAAUUCCUAUGCAGCUGCCAGUCUCCAUUCUUUCAUAUUGUUGCCAUGUUAUUGUAAUGGUCUUUUAAAUGAAUUGAUGUGUAGAUUCCUA